AUGUCUCGCAGAUACGACUCCAGAACAACCAUCUUCUCCCCCGAAGGCCGGUUAUAUCAGGUCGAAUACGCCCUUGAAGCCAUCUCGCAUGCCGGCACAGCUCUGGGGAUAUUAGCACAGGAUGGCAUUGUUUUGGCUGCGGAGCGAAAAGUGACGAGCAAACUGCUCGAACAGGAUACGUCGGCGGAGAAGCUCUACAUCUUGAACGACAAUAUGAUCUGCGCCGUCGCUGGCAUGACGGCCGACGCCAACAUCCUGAUCAACUACGCCCGACAAGCCGCGCAACGGUAUCUGCUGACGUACAAUGAAGACAUCCCCUGCGAACAAUUGGUGCGACGACUGUGUGAUCUGAAACAAGGCUACACACAGCAUGGUGGUCUGCGACCCUUUGGCGUUUCCUUCAUCUAUGCAGGCUGGGACCCUCAACGCCAGUUUCAAUUAUACCAAAGCAAUCCUUCGGGGAACUAUGGUGGGUGGAAGGCCACGAGUGUGGGAGCAAACAAUGCCAGUGCGCAAAGUCUGCUCAAGCAAGAUUACAAAGAAGAUUGCGAUUUGAAGGAGGCAUGUGGAACGGCGGUCAAGGUGUUGAGUAAGACGAUGGAUUCGACAAAGUUGAGCAGUGAAAAGAUCGAGUUCGCGACCGUCGGUAAGACGAAAGACGGCAAAAUCUACCACCACCUGUGGUCCGGCGACGAGAUCAUGACGUUGCUGAAAGAGCACGGCCUCGCCAAAGAAGAGGAGGCCGAGACUGGUUAG